AUGACGAGAUAUCACCUUCGUCGUCAUGCCGGCGGAACCUUGGUCAGUGCUUUAGGGGAAAAGCUGGUUGUCAACUUGGAGCCCUACUCCAAGCAGUGGGUGCUACAGCUUGACCCGGGCUCAUACUCCCUCACGGCCGAUGAAGAGACGCGCUACUUUGCGUGGUGUCCUGAUCCUGCUUGCAAGACUCAACGCAACUGGGAGGGCGCCUCUAGGGCCCUGAGUGGCAAGCCAGAAUUCCUGGGGACCAUGGCGGAGGAACCAAAACCCUUAGCGGCGGCCGAGCUUGCCUACCCGCGCGUCACCAUUGAGUAUUGCACGCAAUGCAAAUGGAUGCUUCGCGCGGCCUAUUUCGCGCAAGAACUCCUCUCCACCUUCCAAGCCGACCUCGCCGAGGUCACUCUACGCCCAUCUCGAGGCGGUACCUUUGUCAUCUCCAUCGCCACCGCACCGGUGACAGACCCGGCCCUCUCCUCUCCUACCACCGCCAAGGUUCUCUGGGACCGCACCGUCGACGGCGGCUUCCCCGAGACCAAGGAGCUGAAGCGCCGCGUGCGAGACGUCAUCGAUCCCGGCCGGAAUCUAGGCCACAACGACCGCCACCACGGACCCGCGGUGGCCGAGAGGCCCGCCGACGCUCCCGCUUCGGCUGUUGCCGCAGGCGUUCCUAUCGCGGGGGCCACAUCUUGCGUACCCGGCUCUGGAGAGGACUGUCGGACCUGCGAGUGA